AUGUACGCUCUGGCAGCAACAACCCUCCUCUUCGCGAGCGCCGUCCUCGCCGACCACACCUUCAAUGUCACUGUCGGCCCCGGCCUGGUCUUCAACCCCAACAGCCUCUCUGAUGUCGCAGAGGGCGACAAGGUCGCCGUCUGGUUCGGCGCUGGCCACGAUAUCGCUCAGUCCACCUUCGCUGAGCCUUGCCAAUACAUGGAUGGCGGCAUCUACUCGGGCCCUUCACCCAAAGAUGGCGAUGUCUUUACGUUCGAGGUCACCAAUGCCUCAGCACCCAUGUGGUUCUACUGCUCAGUUCCUGGCCAUUGCCAAGCCGGUAUGGCGCUAGCUAUCAACCCUACCACUGACCGCACAAUCGAAGCCUAUCAACAAGCAGCAGCGCAAGCCUCGACUACACAGCCUCAGAGCGACUCAGUCCAGGGUGGUACUAUUGGCGACGGUUCAGAGGCGGCGACAGAGUCCAGCUCCCCAAGCUCAAGCGCCAGUGCAUCGGCAACCUCUGCCUCUGGCAGCGCGAGCUCAAGCGCUACUGCUGGCUCGUCUGCUGGCCAGGUCCGUGUUGCGGCGGGCUUGAUGGCAGGUGUUGUGGCUGCUGGCGCUGCCUUUGCGCUGUGA